AAUAGCAAGAUAGUAAGGGGGUCAAAUUCUUCCUUUAUGGUGCUGAUACCAAAAAAGGAAAGCCUGCAAGGAAUCGAGGAGUAUAGACCUAUAUCCCUAAUCAGUAGCUUAUACAAAAUCCUUGCUAAAAUACUUGCUAACAGAUUAAGCAGGGUAUUAGAUGGGGUUACUGGUGAACAACAAUCAGCGUUCAUCAAAGGCAGGCUUCUAAUGGAUGGAGUGAUUAUCGCAAAUGAGACAAUUGAAGAGGUCAAAAGGAAAAAGUCCAGCGCCUUUAUUUUUAAGGCAGAUUUUGAAAAAGCAUACGACAAUGUCAGCUGGGAGUUCCUUGAUUACAUGAUGGAACGGAUGGAUUUUGGAUCUCGUUGGAGGGGGUGGAUCCGAGAAUGCCUGCAAACAAACUCUGUCUCAGUAUUACUCAAUGGAAGCCCAACAAAAGAGUUUGUCAUGACCAGGGGUUUACGUCAAGGCGACCCUCUAACCCCAUUUUUGUUCUUAAUUGUUGCAGAAGGCCUCAAUGGCAUUAUAUCCUCUGCAGUCUCAAAAGGAACUUUUGAAGGAAUCACAAUUGGCAAAGGAGAAAUCAGCAUCACUCAUUUGCAGUUUGCAGAUGAUAAUCUAAUGAUGGGGAAAGCAAUAGAGGAAAAUGUUUGGACCACCAAAUGCAUAAUGAAGGCCUUCGAACUUGUCUCUAGCUUGAAAAUUAAUUAUGGCAAAAGCUCCUUCAUUGGUAUCAAUGUAGAUAACCUUUGGGAAAGAGGAAUGGCAAGCUUGAUGAACUGCAAACUGGGGUCUCUUCCUCACAAAUAUCUAGGUAUCCCCCUUGGGGCAGAUCCUAGAAGAAUAAGCACAUGGAAACCACUCAUUGACACAUUCAAAAGGAAGUUAUCUUCGUGGAAGGGUCGUCUCUUAUCUUUCAGAGGAAGAAUUACUCUCAUUAAUCUGUACUGUCCAGCUUACCAGUAUUCAUAAUGUCCUUCUGUCUUCUUCCUAAGAGUGUUAUAAGUGAACUAGACAAGAUUAGGAGAAGAUUUCUAUGGGGUGGCAGAGGGGAGUGUAGAAAAGUAGCUUGGGUAGCAUGGGAGAGGGUGUGUAAAAGCAAAAUAAAAGGGGCUUUGGGAAUAAAAAAUUUGUGGUGUU